AUGCCAAGAGUGGAUCGUGCCAUGGUUCUUUUUGGUUGUUGGGCAGGCAGGCGGGGCACCUCAGGCGCCAGCGCGGGCCUGUCUGCGGCGUGUGAGCCGGUUUUUGCUUCUCAUCCCUCCGGACCCGUUCCUUCAUGCCAGGAGUGGAUCGUUGCACGCAUUUUGCUUAUCGGGCAGACGGGGCACCUUGCGGGGACGCCCCGCUGCGGGCGUGUCUUCGGCGCGUGGGCCGAUUUUUGCGUUUCAAGAGGCGCCGCGCGGGCGAUCCGCAGAUCUCCAGCAGUGGGGCGGCGGAGGUUUGGGUCGGUGCGUGCGCAGCAGCAGAGGCGGCUGCUCCUGCUGCAGGCUUCGGUGGAGGGCCCAGCGCAGUGUCAUUCGGUAGCAAAUCAUGGGAGCUUGGUCUACCCUCUUAAUUCCGUCUCUGGCGUCGAUUAG